GCAGUUGUACUUAGUUGCGUUAAAUAUGGGUGGUGGUUUUUAUAUACGCUGUAUUAGUAUUAGCAGUAAGCUCUACUACUACCGGUAAAGUGCAGCAUCGGAAUUGUUGGAGAAGCAUUCCAGUAUAACGCGUGUUGCCGUUCACAACGAGGCGACGCGACAGAGCACGACAUCCGACGAUCCGCAUACGGUGUAACGGUCUACUUUUCGCUGCCGGGAAUAUAUAUCUCAACGAAAAUCUUAGCUCGACCAUUCCGUAACUGUCGCGACGUACACCCUUCAUAAUAUUUAGUAAUUAUCAGCACAUUACUAAAGGUGGUUGUCGCAGAACUCACGAACCGAGACGAUUUUGUUAACUUUAAGAGUGAAAUGGGCUCCUUUUGCAAUAAAAAGAUAUGUGCAAAAAAAUAAUAAUAAAGAAUAUGCACACGUUGUUAUUCUAAUUAGUGAUUUAAUUAACAUAGACUGCAAGAUUUUUAAUAAUUCUGUGUAAAUUAAUAUGUUAACUAAAUAAUGUAUGGUGCAAAUCUGUACAUUAAUAGUCAUUUUAUUAAUAUAUACUAUAUGUAUAACGUAUAAGCAUUAAACAUAUAAACACGAUUUUCAGACAAACAUCAUUACGUCAAAUACAAAAAAACAAAAGUGUGUCUUAGUCAAUGCAAAAAUAAUCUUAGAAUAGAGUGUGUGAAGAAAAACUAACUCUAAAUGAGAAUGGAAGACCCAAACCUCGCCGAACAGUAUGUGCAGGAAUUCGUGCUCGAUCACCUAGAGGACGGUUCAGCAACUGUUACAGCUAUUGGAGUGAAACGUGAAGAUCACAGUCCAGUGGCAGCCCCAAAAAUUACUUGGACAACUACAACAAUCACUCCAGAGGAAGAGGAAACUGCUAAUCCACCCGCCAUCAAGAUGCGAUCUUUUCCACAAAGCUGGCAUAUAGACGAUCGCCGAUUGCAGCCAUUAUCCCCACCACCGGAAAUCUACACGCACGGACCUAUGGCAGGGCAAGCAAUCCUUGUGAACACAUCGGUGCCUGGUGGAGUGCCAUCGACACCGCCUGAAACCCCACCUGUUAUUAGCUCUCCUAAUGGAAGUACUUGUGCCCAAACGUAUGCAACAAUAACAAGUGCUUCGUAUCCAACACAUCGUCCACCCACCGCCAAUGCUGGUCUCACUCAAGAAAUGAUGUGGCUACCUAACUCCAUGCGUUCAGAUCCUCAGCCAUUAGACUUACGACCGCUUGCUUGUCCCACUCAUGAGGAGGAAUGGGAGCGACAACGUGAAUACAUGCAUGCCACAGCAUCAGUUGUGGCCGCCAAUCAUCAUCAUGGACAAUUGGUGGCACAAUCCCAGCACCAUCCCCACCACCAUCAUCAUUUUCAAUCACUAGAGCACUUAGCACCUAUCAGCAUGCAUACGCCUUAUCACAGUGGUAUACCCAACGGCGCUACCAGCCUUAGCAGUUGUGGAAAUGACAGUCAGGCACCAUCUAACGCUCCAAUAACAACUUCAGUGGUUCACCUCAAUCGACCAAUGUCGGUCUGCUCUACUCGAUCAUCCACAAAUUCACCGCGCACCUGCUCCAGACAAUAUAGCACUUCCAGUAAUUUAGGUCUUGAUGACUGUAUUAGUGAUGAUUUGCUAACGACUUUGAGCGUACGAGAAUUAAAUAAACGCCUGCAUGGAUGCCCCCGUGAAGAAGUGGUGCGGCUCAAGGCUAAACGUAGGACGCUGAAAAAUCGUGGAUACGCUCAAAGCUGUCGUUCAAAACGACUACAGCAACGGCAUGAGUUGGAGAAAACCAAUCGUCAGUUGAAUCAGGAUCUGCAUCGCUUGAAAUUAGAAUUUUCGCGUGUUUGUCAAGAGCGCGAUCACUUAAAACAACGUCUGCAAAUACGAACGAGCGGAAGUAGUAGUGGUGUAAUUGCUGCUCUAGCGAAUGCUAGCGAUGGCAGUACACCAGGUGUGAUCACCGUUGGUCAACCACAUUGUAAUGCAGAGAGUCAUAAUUCGCCGGAGUUUUAUCUCUGACGCCAACUUGCUAUCGGAGGAGAACAUGCGGCAGCCGCCGUUGCAGUGGCCGCAGCAUCCAGCCAUCAUUUGCCACACACGCAACCUUUACAUCGGCACUCACAUCAAUGGCCAUCACGCUACCAUCAGCAUGUACACCAACAACCAACAAGCACUGUAAUAGUCUGAAUGCGACGUGUAGAAAAUUACUAAUAUUUUAUAUGUAAUUAGUGCACGCCGUAUUUAGUAUAAAGCAUUAAAAUAGUAAUUAUUACUAAAAACUUUUCUGUGACUUUAGUCGGCAAAAACAUCAAUAUUUGUAAGUAAAAUGGACACAAAUAGUUAUUUGAUAUGUCUACCAUAGCUCUAGGUGCUCCUAAUAACAUAUAGGCAUAUCCCAAAAACAAUUUGCAAAUAAAGUUGGACUUUCAUAUAACUCGAACCUCUAUAAAUCGAAGCUCUCCAUAACUCAUACUCCUGAAUUGGCAAUAGAUGUAAAAUUUCAAACAAAUUUCCUUCCUUAACUCGAAGUUUUUUGUGUAUUAUAGUGAUUCGAGUUAUGAAAGUUUCACUGUAUAUUUAACUUAAUAUUUUUUAAUUGGAUCAGUUCCUGAGUUUGAAGUGGACACAAUAUCUUCCGGUUUAAGUUAAGCAGAAGGUGUAAAAUAAUUAUUCGAUUCGAGAUGCGUACAUACUGUUAUUUUUUACGCAAUUACGAUUACUUUAUUAAGAGCUAUUAGAUAAAUUCAUUCAGAAACGUUUGACAAUAAAAUAAUAUGUGUUGUGUUUAGGUCGUAGUUAUAUUAUAUGUUUGCCUAAAUACAUAUGUAUAAUUGGUAAAUCAAUUGUAGUGAAUAAUGAUAUUAUCAAGUAUGCAUGUCCUUCAGCUUAUGUUCAAAACUCUGCACCAUAUUUGUCCAUUUUCAAAUUUAUUCAUUAAUUAAUUGAAUUUAAACUUUAAAUUAAUAUAUAAAUAUAUAUGUACAUAUAUAUAUCUAUAUUGUGAUCGUUUAAUUUGCUAUUUUGUAUACUGUAUAACAGCAAAUAAAAUUAAGUGGUGUUACCUUAAAACAUUGGAAAAUAUUAAUUUUAAAAUUCUUUAAGCAACAAUAACAUGAAAUUAAAAAAUCCUUGGUUAUUGCACUAAAAAUAUCGUUAAGAAAUAUCUAAGAAUAUAUUUUUGUGAUAUUAUUGUAAUUCAAAGAAUUGGUUUACAGCAAUAAUCAAUUGUUUCUCUCUUCUACCUCUUGAUGUGGUACUUGAUAUGGUAGUAUAUAUUUUAAUAUAACGUGGUGAAACUCUAUCCAGCACGAAAAUUUUUUGGUUGACGUAAACUAACAGAUAGAAGAGUCCAAAAGUGAGAUAUAGGUUAGGUUAUAUUCGAUUAACUUCAGUACCUGUAUCUAUUAUUAAGAGAGUAAAGAACUUUCAUAUAAAAGAGAAGUUUGAUCAAUGUCUCUAUCCUCCUGAUUUUUCAACAUGUACAUGAUAACUUUCUUUGCCAACUGCUACUACCAAUUAAUACCGCAUUUGUUAUUAACCUUUUUGGUCUGAAAAACUAGUCGAUAAUAACGAUUGCUUCACUUUUAUUUACAUUGGUAUAUUAUACUUAAAUAUGGGUCUUGAAUAGAUUAAAUUUUAUCUUUGAGUUAUUUUAUUAUAUGUAUAUUUCGUUUUAAUUUAGAAAAACAAAUUCAUAAAACAUCAAUCAUAUUGAAAAGAACUUACAAAAGGCACAAACAAAAAUGUUAAAAAAUCUGUUCUUUAGGGAUCGCCUUUCCCAAUGGGCUUGGUUUUUGGAAAAUGAGAUUUCUAAGCAUCAAUAUUUCCAUUGCAAAACAAAGCUACAAGUUCAAUAUUUAAAUUAUAUCUUUAUUUAUUGUACUACUUUGAAAUACUAUAUUAGUAUAACUUUUUGAUUUCAUUAUAGUAAUUUUAACUAUAAUGUUUCAAAACGUAAACUAUUUACAAAAAGGUACGAGUAUAUAUUUUUUAAAUGAAAAUUUCAGUUAGUUCUUGAACACACCUCUUAUUAUACAUAUGAUAACAUUAAGAUUUAUGAAUAAUUGUAUGUAUAAUUAUUAUUACAUUGUAUAGUUAGUGAAUUAAACACGCGCUUGGUUGAUAAGUUAAGCAUUUGUAAGUAUAUACCCAUGAAUAUAUAUACAUAUAUAUAUUACAUUUGUAAGCAUUUUGUAUAUACUUAGUACGGUCAAAAGAUUUUCGAGCUUUCUCGAAUAAAAAAGAGAGGGUUUUUCUUAAUGAAUUAUACAACAGUACAAUAAUUUAUUUAUUUAUAUAUAUGUAUGUAUUUGUAUAAUGGAAAUGAUAUUUUUUUAAAUCUUAUACUUAUAAAAGUAUAACAAUUAUAUUGUAUUAUAAAUAUAUAAUUUCAUUUAUUUUUAGUACAAUAGAUCAAAUUGUUUCUUAAGGUUUCCGGUUCGUCAAAUGUUUAUAGUGGUUAAUAUUUGUCAUAAAUCUGUAAUUUUAAAUUCUAUGCGAAUAUUUUUUAACAAAGAACACUAUCCCCUGCAGCGUAACUUUCGAAAUAACUUAAUCUAGGAGAUUUUUCUGCGGCGAAAGUUUGUAAUGCCUUUAUUAGCAUACAUUUGGUAGCGUUCUUAUAGCAAGAUGUAAUGUACCACAAAAUGAAAUAAAAACUGAUUGCAACGUCUUCAUAUACCGAAGUGGUCUAUCAAUUUUUUAUUCGGACUACUGUUGUAGUAUUGUUAUUUUAGUACUAGUUUUAAUUCUUGAGUUUGAAAAUAUUGAUGCUUCACAUACAUUCUGUUUUAUAUUUGUGAUGUUGUUUCGACUCUCAUUGAUUUUUAUUUUUUGAUGCAAGAUGUUGUAGGAAUAUACAUACAUAUCUUAUAUGUUGCAAUCAGUUUUCAAAUUGAAAAAAUCAUUCAUAAGAUAUGUAUAUAUUUAUAUUACUUAUAUGAAAACAAUAUAUUCAACGAAUGAUUUUUUCAAUUUGAAAACUGAUUGCAACGUCUUCAUAUACCGAAGUGUACCGGACUACUGUUGUAGUAUUGUUAUUUUAGUACUAGUUUUAAUCCUUGAGUUUGAAAAUAUUGAUGCUUCACCUACAUUCUGUUUUAUAUUUGUGAUGUUGUUUCGACUCUCAGAUUUAUUUGUUUGAUGCAAGAUGUUGUAGGAAUAUACAUACAUAUCUUAUAUAUGGUUUUAAAAGAUGUUUUUCGGGGCCAAACCGGACCACUUGAUGUUGUCGGGAACCUGGCGGUCGUUCGGACUCCUGAUUUCGAAAAUAAGGUAUAAACACUCGUUGAUAAAAUACUGUAUUAUUCUGACUAAUUACGACCUUUUAUGCGUAUUUAAGUCAAAUUUAGAAAAAUUAAAACCAAUGUCGGCGUUUUUAUAUUAUCAUAACGUUACCAAUUUUGAAUUGAAAAAUUUUCUAAGAAUUUUAUUAUACUUCUUUUAAAGUUCUUAUUUUCAUUUCACAGUUUUUAGUAUUGCCCUUUUUUCUUAUAUUAGAUCCUAAGUUAAAUUCAUAAACUAUUAAAUUUCGGAAGCGAAGGACGUAAAGAUUUAAGAAUCGUUCUUCUUAUUUCAAUAAUAAAAUCAACGGCUUAGAGGGAGACCCUUACUAAGGGAGGGAUUAAGGUUUCAUGGUAAAAAAUGACUUUUUUUGCGAAUUUAUUUCUUAAAUAUGGAAUGAGUAAUUUUAUUCGAACCUUUCGUGAUAAGCCAAGAUGUAUUACACAUGGAAUCUUGUCAACUUGUUUCCCAAUCAUUUGUUAUUCGGAGCGUUAUAAACGUCAUAAACGUUCUGUGUUAUACAUAGUACAUAUUCCGAUUGAUGCCGCUUUAUCGUCCCACAGAUUUUUCUGUUUUGGGUGUAUACCAGGAACUGAUUUUUUUAUUAGCCAAAAGAUUAUCAAUGACCACCCCUUCGUUAGUUAUAUUUUGAAUGUAUGUAUGUGUGAUAGACCUAAUACAUUAAAAAAAAUUGUAAAUAUUAUAUUUAAGAGCGUUUAAGAUGAUGCAAAAUUUACUUAAUAAAGAAAGAAAUUUAAUUUAAUUAUUUCAUGUACACAUUAAAUAUAAUUUGGUAACACACUCGAAUUCUAAAAUGUAAUUUUUACCAAAUGCUGAUUACUAGACAUAUCUCAAAGCAAUGCCCUUAAGAUAUUGGGUCGUUUACUAAGUAAUUUAGUUUUUGUUUUGUGCAAUUUUAACACGAUUUUGUUAUUGUGUAAAAUAUUUUACGAAAUUAUUUCAAGUUUACCCUUUUGACAAUAAAUAAUAAAAUAUGCCAAAAAUGCUUUUUCUUCAUAGGGCAGCAAACAAAAACUAUACCAAACAACUUAACAAAUCUUUCACAAACAAGCCAUGUUUUUGGUAAAAAAUAUGUUAUAAAAAGUGCUAGAAAUUCAGGAAAAUGUUGUAGCAAAAUGAUUGCAUUGAGAUGUAAGCCGCCUUCAACCCUUAUGAAAAAACUGUAACAUUAUAAAAUAUUUGGCAGUGACACUGAGUGAAAUGGGAUAUAAUUUUUACUUGUAAGAGCUAUUUGCGUGUGAGGCCAAAGUGACACGGCCUGGUAAAAAUCGCGAAUCGAGUUGAGAGCAUAAGAGACUUUUCCUUAUGAUGUGUUAUCUGUUUUUGUUUUUUUCCAUAUAAUUUAAUUCUACACCCAAUCAAGAAACUUGAGUCUAUAGACUACACUUGGAAUAUAUUCAGUGAUAAAUUUAAUAAUUAAAUACAAAAUUUCAAACAAACGGCUUGCUGAUUUGUAAACACAUAAUCGAGUCAUACCCUCUGCUUCAUUUCCUCAAGUUUUUUUUUUAAUUAAAAUCUUAGUAAAAUUUUAUAUUAUAUCAGUAUAUUAUGCAAUAAUAACAGCAGUGCGGAACGAAGUGUACAUCAGUACAGCAAGAAAAAAAUAUAUUAGUUUACCAUUUAAGGAGGUAUUCUAGUCUAGAAAUUUAAAAAAAUCGACAUUUUUUUAUAUUUUCAAAGUUUAACUAUUCAAGAAUAUGUGUAGAAGAGAUUUUUCAAAUUUCAAAUUAUUUUCGGACAUAUAGGCAUUUUUCUGACUCGGCAUCCAACCUGGUUCGGCCGGAACGCGAAACUUUAAUCGCGUUUUUCUCAAAACUGACUUUUUCGGAACGAUACCCACAAUUUCUCAGGUUCUACUGGACCGAUUUACUUGAAGUUUUUAUAGAGUCUUCUUUAUAAGCUUGUCUAUGGUUGGAACUAGCCCCAUCCUCAAAUUUCUAUUUUUAUUAUUUUUAAAAAAUUCGAAAUAUUCAGAAAAAGUGAUCCAAAAAAACUUUUUUUUAGGCAGUCGACAUUUUGUGAAACAUUUUUUUCCCACUUUUCCGUAGUUCCAGCCAUUGCAACAUUAUUCUAGAUUAAAAAUCUUUUUUUUUUGGUUUCAGAUAACUAGGAGGGUUGAAAUCAUGGGUAUGGUCACGUGGAAAUUUUUAGAACUUCGUCAGCUAAUAAUUUUUGAAAUUUUUUACUUUUUUUAGUUUUUAAUUUUUUCUCUGCUCUUCUAAAAUUAAUAAAUAACUAAAAAAAAAAUAUUAUUUAAAAAUUACCUGAAAUUCAUGCUUCUAAACUAGAAUAUCCUCUUAAGUACACCCAACUCUUGUUUUACACCGAUUCUUUUUACACGGUUGAGAAAAAAAUUUUUUUGUAAAAAGUUUAUAAUUUACUACGGUUUCAAAAUCAUUAUCUUGCAAUUAUGUAGUAGAACUGCGGGACCACGCCCAGACAGUAAUAAUUACCUAUUCUGGACUUGCGAGACAAUAUGCCUACGUACUAAACCCUUAACUCCGGCUGCUGUUGCUUGUAGUCGGACCUGCGGGACCGCCGUUAGGCACUACUUCGCAGGACCAAGCUGGGCGAUAACUGCCCCUUCACGACCUACCGUUCGGGUUAUUCAUGUGGUCUUACGCUUCUUUGCUGCCUCUCUCUUGUUCUAAGUUCUAGGAGCGCUAUUGCGGUCCACUCUUUCAUUUUAGCCCACACCAGCUGUGAUCGCAGCAUGUGACUCACUAUGUUAUCGGGCGUUAUGCUUUCAUUUGUCAGCUUUUCUAUGGUCUCUCUCUCUGCUACAUACCUGGAGCAGGUGAAAAAGACGUGCUCUGCGUUUUCUGCGGCAUUUCCGCAGAAGCAACAUUGUGUUUCGUCAUCGUGGCCAAAUUUGUGUAGGUAUUCCCUGCGUUAAGUAGAAUUCUGUCUCCCCGUGUUGUCUGUCAAUCCAGGCUGAUACAAUUUUAAUCAAUCUAUGGGUCCAUCUUCCUUUAUCUGCCGCAUCCCAUUGCUUUUGCCACUCAUCGAGACUUGCCUUCCUCUCCUUUUUACGCUCGUCGACCGUUAGGCGCCUAUUCAUUGCUUUUGUUUUGCGGUAGACUCUGCUUAACUCAGAGGCCAUUAUAUCCGGUGGCAUAAGACCAGAUAUGAUAGCACUCGCCUCGUGCAACACCGUUCUAAACGCACAGGCAACUCUCAGGGCACAUAACCUGGACGCAGCUUUUGCCAUAUUUACACAGGCUUUUUGACGGAGGGCUGUCCCCCAUAUGGGAGUUCUCAGAGUUCUCCUUCUUUGGCUUGGGCCACCAAUGUUUGCCAUGAUCCUCGACAGAGCCGCAGUCACUUUAGCCGCCUUACCACAGGCCUUUUCAAUAUGCGCCUUGGUACCUCAAAGAAUUUUGCGUUACAACGUUAUACCCAUCAAUGUUCAAUGUGACCGUUUCUAGCCUUUUUCUGCUCGUGAUGAGCACUGCCUCUGUUUUUCACCCGCAAGCUGCAGCUUGUUACUCGUAAGCCAGUCUUUGAUUUUCGACACGGUCUCAUUGCAUAUGUUCUAUAUUUGCAAGAGUUCUUUAGCUACGAUCGUUACAGCAAUAUCGUCCGCAUAGCCAAUUAUCUGUGCUUCUUUUGGCAGCGGUAAUCGUAACACCCCGUCGUACAGCACAUUCCAAAGUAAUGGACCUAGUACGGAGCCUUGUGGUACUCCACCUGUCACCGUGUAGGUUUUUGGACCUGCAUCGGUAUCGUACAACAGUAGUCUGUCAGACAGAUAGCUGCUAAUUGUCCUCAGAAGAUACCCCGGGAUGUUUCUUGCCUCUAAUGCUCUCAGUAUAUGUGGCCAGGAUGCCGAGUUAAAAGCGUUUUCACGUCCAGCGUAACGAC